AUGUUAUUGGUAUUGGGUUGGUAUUUUGCUGUUCCAGUCCCUGUUCGAGGCUGGAUCCCAGUCAAUGGACGAAGAACAGAGAAUAGAUACUUGAAGGCUACCAGGCAGAAGGCUUGUACAUAUCUGGCUCGUAUAGGAAUCAUGAUGGCAACACUACCAACUCCCACACCAACUCCUGGAGUAAAAACUCAGAUUCCAAUCUUGUCGGUUCCUGAUAUCGUGCAGAAUCGAUUACCAACUGAGUUUGAUCCAAAGAAGGAUUUGACACCGGAACAGCUGACAAUGCUCGAGGAAUUUCGAGCUCAGCUUCCAGAACUGUUGAUAUCUCGUGAACUGAUCGAGAAUGCUGAGGAUGACGACGAGGAUAUGGCACAAUUGACUGAUGAAGAGAUCGCUGAAAUCAGAAAGGAGGAAGAAGUGUGGACUGAUGAUGCCUUUGACAGACUAGAAGCAACUCUAAAAUGGCGGCGAACAUAUAAACCGCAUAAGAUCACACCAGAUGACAUUGUUGAGGAAUCGUUGACUGGCAAGAUAUACGUGAAUGGGUUUGAUCAGAUUGGAAGGCCUAUAUUGUAUCUUUGCCCAAAACGUGAAAAUACUAAAAACCAUGACCAGCAACUGAAACAUACAGUGUUUGUGAUGGAAACCGCUAUAAAAAUGAUGUCAAAAGGCGUAGAACAGGUUAUUAUUGCCAUCGACUAUGAAGGUGUUUCAAUGAGAACUGCUCCACCGCUCGCAAUCACUCGACGCUUUCUUGAUACGAUUGGAGCCCACUACCCCGAACGUAUGGGCAUUGGCUUUGUAGUCAACCCGAGCUGGUACUUGUGGAUAGCACUUGGUCUUGCGUCCCCAUUUAUGGAUCCUGUGACUAAAGCCAAAAUCAACUUUGUCUCUCUCUCUGGAAAGGCCAACAAAUCGAAGGAAUCGACAGCAGAUGGCACUGGAUCGUGGACGUCGCUUCAAAAAUACAUCGAUAAUGAGUUGCUCGAUGCCAUGUUUGGUGGAGACUAUGCCUUUGAGUGGCAUCAUCCCACGUACUGGAGUUAUAUAAGUGCCCUUAGAAGUGAUGUUGUCAAACAAUGA